ACUUCCUGUCCGGUCAUUGUUCUCGCGCCGGUGGAAGCCGGUGUCCCGGUCCGUCAUCUUCUUGCUUCAGAGCUGGUGAACUCGGGCUGUACCUCUCAGCUGCGCACGUAGACAGUACUCAUCUUGGCACUGGGAAAAAACUCAAGAAGAAAAAUUUUUGAUAUGUAAAGAUUAGAUGGGGUUUGACCUCUGCUGGGCAGCCCCCAACUAUAGGAGUUACCCUGCUGAGCAGAGAAGAUGACUACAGAAUUGAGAGAAGUCAAGGCUCUAGCCCCUUGGGGCCCAGUGAAGGUGAAAAAGGAGGAGGAAGAGGAGGAAGACUUUCUAGGUCAGGCUUCCAGCCAACAAGUGCCCUCUGAGAACAUCAAAGUCUGGGCUCCUGGAGAUGGUCUUCACACAGGCCUUGAUGUAUCAGAAGAAGAGGAAAAGGAUCAGAACAUGUUCUGGGACAUGGCAGUAGUCCUGAAAGCAACGCAGGAGGCACCUGCUGCUUCACCCCUUGGCAGCUACUCAUUACCAGGGACUCUGGCCAAGAGCGAGAUACUGGAGACUCAUGAGAACAUGAACUUUCUAGGUGCUGAAACCAAGAAUCUACAGUUACUGGUUCCCAAAACUGAAAUAUGUGAGGAAUCUGAAAAACCCCUCAUAAUGACAGGAAGAAUCCAGAAAGCUGACCCUCACGAACCUGAGUCAGGAGAAGCCUGUGAAAAAGGAAACGUGUUAAAGAGGCAGAGAAUAAAGAGGGAAAAGAAAGAUUUCAGACAAGUGCCAGUGAAUGACUGUCACUUACCUGAAAUCUUCAAAGAGGAAGAAGACCAGAAAUGUAAGAAAUCUGGGGAAAAAUAUAACCUUAAUUCUGGCACUGUUAAAAAUCAGAAAAUCCAGCCUGGGCAAAAGCCUUUUACAUGCAGUGUGUGUGGGAAGGGCUUUAGUCAGAGUGCAAACCUUGUUGUGCAUCAGCGAAUUCACACUGGGGAGAAACCCUUUGAAUGUCAUGAGUGUGGGAAGGCCUUCAUUCAGAGUGCAAACCUCGUUGUACAUCAGAGAAUCCACACUGGACAGAAACCUUAUGUUUGCUCAAAAUGUGGGAAAGCCUUCACUCAGAGUUCAAAUCUAACUGUACAUCAAAAAAUCCACUCUUUAGAAAAAACUUUUAAAUGCAGUGAAUGUGAGAAAGCCUUCAGUUAUAGCUCACAACUUGCUCGGCAUCAGAAAGUCCAUAUUACGGAAAAAUGCUAUGAAUGUAACGAGUGUGGGAAAACAUUUACUCGAAGCUCAAACCUCAUUGUUCACCAGAGGAUCCACACUGGGGAGAAGCCCUUUGCCUGUAAUGAUUGUGGCAAAGCCUUUACCCAGAGUGCAAAUCUUAUUGUACAUCAACGAAGCCAUACUGGUGAGAAGCCAUAUGAGUGUAAAGAGUGUGGGAAAGCCUUUAGUUGUUUUUCACACCUUAUUGUCCACCAGAGAAUUCACACUGCAGAGAAACCUUAUGACUGCAGCGAAUGUGGGAAAGCCUUCAGUCAGCUCUCUUGCCUUAUUGUCCACCAGCGAAUUCACAGUGGAGAUCUUCCUUAUGUGUGUAAUGAGUGUGGGAAAGCCUUCACGUGUAGCUCAUACUUACUUAUUCAUCAGCGGAUUCAUAAUGGGGAAAAGCCUUACACAUGUAAUGAGUGUGGCAAGGCCUUCAGACAGAGGUCGAGCCUCACUGUGCACCAGAGAACCCACACUGGGGAGAAGCCCUAUGAAUGUGAGAAGUGUGGCGCAGCUUUCAUUUCUAACUCGCACCUCAUGCGGCACCACAGAACCCAUCUGGUCGAAUAACAAGGAAGAGGAAGACCUCCGGCUUUGGUCAUGACCCACUACCCGCCAAAUCAGACACCUCUAAUUUAAAAAAAAUGAAAACUAAGUACCUAAAGGCAAGGACUUUGUUUUAACUGUACCCUAAGCAGUCGUGUUUUUUAAAUGAAAUUUUACUUUCUUAGGAACAAGUCAUAAAAAACUAAGUGAUAAAGAUCCUAUUUGGGGAAAGGUCUUUUUUGUUUAAAUUUUUUUUUUUUUUUAACUCUGGCAAUUGCUUGAACAACAGGCAGGUUAUCUGCUUGGUUGAAUGCUGAAGCUUUGAACCCUGGAUUCUAGUAUUUGGGGGUUAAACAGUGACUAGUUAAGGAAACUGUUUAGGGUAACCAUUCAACAACAACUAAUCUAUGAACAUUUAUAAGCUUUCCCCAGGUAAUUUUUCCCUUGGUAAUUUUUAAAAAGUCAAUCAAAACAAAAAACUAUUAAUUGUCUACUGCUCCCAAAAGGGACAGAAAUAGGAAACAGCCUUUUUCUUGCUGUGUAUACCUCCUGAACCUUGGUAUCGUCAAGCUCCAGGGAUCUCUGAUGAGUCUGUUCUGACCAUUCCCUAGUCUGUAUGACCAAGCACUCAAGGAUUGACGGAGACCCCAUGCACAAGCUAUAUUCAUUUGCUAAGAUUGACAGCUUUUUCUCCAGACAAUUCCUCAGUUCCCAUCGCAUUCCAUUUGGGUGAGAGGCAACUAUCUGCCCCUUCCUGGAUAGAGGAAUCAAAGAAUAAAGCUUGCCUGGAGACAUGC